AAGAUGUCCCUCCAGGCAGUCACACUCAUCUGGCUCGCCCUUUUCAGUCCCGCAUCUGCCCUCUACAAGCAGUGGAUCCCAGACACCAACUACGAAAAUGCCACAAACUGGGAUAAGGGCUCCGUUCCGUGCGGGACAGACAGGGUGCACUUUGCGGCCGAGAGAAGGGUGUCGGUGUACGUGGAGACGGUGCACUCGGUGCUGGAGAUGAGGCUGCCCGUGGACGGGGAGCUGGUCCUGGGCCCGGGGGCCGCCUUCGUGUCGUCGGGCGGCAGCGACCCGGCCUGCGGGGCCGGAGUGACGGCCGGGUUCAAGGACUCGGAGGGCCUGAGGUGGUUCGACCCGGGGCUGUGGCGGGCGGCGGCGUCCUGGGACGACCUCCAGGCCGGCCGCUACGUCUUCUCCGUGCACGAGGAGAGCGUGCCGUGUCAGCAGGACGACGUGGUCUUCCGUCCGGCCUCGUCCUUCCGGGUGGACGUCUCCUCCGGUCAGCGGACGGUGCCCGUGCGGAGCGUCUCCGUCCAGGGUCAGAAGUUCAGCUCCGGCUCCUCCUUCUCCCAGUACCUGGCCUCUCGCUCCGGCAAGCUGCAGUUCCAUGGCUCCUCCUCGCCAGACGUUGUGCCCUCCGGCUGCAGCGACCCGUCGGGGUGCGAGUGCGGGAACGCGGCGAAUCGCGAGCGGAUCUGCGCCAGCGUCGCGUGCCCCGAGCUGGCCUGCCCGAAGCCUCUUCGCCCGGUGGGCCACUGCUGCGACGUCUGCGGCGCCGUCGUCUCUCUGCGGUUCUCCGAGGCGUUUAACCUGGAGUCGUAUCGCCAGCGCCUGCUGCAUCUCGUCCUGAACAAACCCGGCUACCAGUCCGUCCGGCUCGGCCUCUCCAAGGUGCGGGAGGAGCAGAAGCUGCUGGGGUUCAUCCCGCGCGCGGCGGAGCCGAAGAUCCAAGCGCUGCUGCUGGAGAACAACGGCGAGUCCACCAGCCGGCUGGCGGAGGCGGCGGCGAAAGACAUCGCCGCGGAUGCCCGCGCCAACGGUGCCAACCUGGGCAUCGAAGAGGCAGAACUAGGCCUGUCGUCUGGCGAUGCGGGCGCAGGGGCGGGUACGGUGGUGGGGGUGGUGUUAGCCGUCGUGCUGAUCGUGGCACUCGUGCUGGGCGUGGGGGUCUAUCUCCACCGCCGCGGGACCAUCACUCUGCCCAGUUUGCCCUCCAUGCCCUCCAUGCCCUCCAUGAAGUCCUGGAGGAAGGACAGCGAGGUGGGCGAGCUGGGCGGACCGAUGGACCACGGCUUCGACAACCCCAUGUUCGACAAGCCCACGCUCAUGCCCUCUGAGCCGGACCUGUACGUGGACAGUGGGAAGGCCAUCUCCAUCACUCCGUCGGGAGUGCACUUUGCCAACCCUGCUUAUGAUGAGACGGACUUUAAUGCCUAAACGACCGGACCUCUGCUGAAUUUUCAGUCACCUAUCUCACAAACAAAUCUAAGAAUCGUAAAGUACAUUUUCACAAUGAUUAUUUGAAGCAAAAGAAAAGAAGAAAGAGAAUGCAUAAUACUCUGAUUAGUAUGUGAAAUAUCCUUUAUUGCAGACAUACAAUUAUUUCAAGUAUUUGCUGAAAAUAAAGUAAAAGAUACAAA